CCCAUCCACCCUCACUCCAUCUCCACCCCCACCACCAGCCCCUGAAGAAAUCUGUCUGUGAUUGUAUUGGAGUUGCUGUGGGGGAUUGGCAUUGAGUUGCAGCGAUGUCAGUGUGUGGCGUGUGGUUUGGGAUGUCACUGGACCAUGUGUGGAGGGAGGAGAAGACUGACUGAGUUUGGAAAUUGUCAGCAAUUAAAAUGAACUGGAAAGAGAGUCACUUACUGCUGCUCACUCUGCUUGAUGUGGCUCUGGGCUAUCUGACUGUCAACAUUGAGCCGAUCUCCCCUGUGGUGGUGGGUGAGGCUGUGACGUUGAAAUGCAACUUCAAAACAGACGGGAGGCUACGGGAGAUUGUCUGGUACAAGGUGACAGAGGGCGGAGCGAUCAAACAGAAGAUAUUCACCUAUGAUGCGCUUUUCUCCACCAAUUACACUCACAUUGAGGAGUCCUUGAGGAGGGAGGAUUUAGUCUAUCAGUCCACUGUUCGAAUUCCUGAGGUGCGGAUUUUGGACAACGGACCUUUCGAGUGUCACGUUGGGAUAUACGACCGGACAAAUCGCAAGAAGUUUCUAGAAGCUUACGGUCAGGUGUUUCUGAAUGUCAUGGCACCACCUGCCUCCAUCUCGGUGAUCGCCGCAGACACGCCCGCUGCGUUCAGCCGAUACCAAGCGCAGAACUUCACCCUGGUCUGUAUCGUGUCGGGGGGGAAGCCUGCGCCCACGGUCUACUUCAAGCGGGACGGAGAGCUACUGGAGGUACAGCUGGCCUUGGAGACUGGGGGGCGGGGGUCUCCAGGGGGCCGAGGGGCCGCGGGGGCCCGCAGGCCUCAGAACCUCAUCAGCCGUGACCUGGACGACACCAAGCUACAGAAGUCCCUGUCGCUGCUGGACCUGGACAGCGCCCGAGGCUUCUUCACUGAUAGGCCCUCACCCACCCACUUCCCCGACGGCGAGUUCCAGGCCACCAGCCAGACAGAAGCCAUCCCCGAGACGGUGAUCAGCCGGGAAUUUCCCCGGUGGAUUUACCCUAGCGAUCCCGAGUACGUGUUCCGCCACACGCAGAUCCCCGUCAGCGAUGGCACCAUCGAGGUCCGUGCCAUGAUCACGUGGAUGUUGAACCCUGACCUGGACAAUAACGCCCUCUUUAGCUGUGAGGUCAAGCACCCCGCACUGACCAUGUCCAUGCAGUCGGAGGUCAUACUGGCGGCUCCUAAAGGACCACGAAUAGACAUGUCACCAACAAGAGUUCACGUUGGCGACACUGUUAGAAUCAUCGUCCAAGGAUUUCAGAACGAGGUGUUCCCUGAGCCGCUCUUCACCUGGACCAGAGUCGGGGGCCGCCUGCUGGACGGGAGACAGGACCACGACGGCAAGUUACUGACCCUGGAGCGGGUACCGGCCGAGCUGAAUGGUUCCAUGUACCGCUGCACCACACAGAACCCCCUGGGCUCCACCGACACCCACACCAGGCUUAUCAUCUUCGAAAAUCCAAACGUUCCUCAAGGCAGAAAUCAGAAAAGUGGUGGGAGUCGGCCCCCCGGCAGUGUGACAGUCACCAUGGCGAUGGUUCUCGCAGUCACGCUGGACUUGACGUGAUGCCCCACUCAAGGCGGGUGUGGCCGAGAGAGAGGAGUGGGAGCAUGGGGCGGUGGGGGAGGGGAGGGCGGUGACAGUUCAUAGAUGCCACAUCACAAGAUGUUUUUUAUUUUCAUUUUUUUUAAGAGUUUGUGAUGUUCCAUUUCCUAUAGCAUUCUUGGAGUCUGAAGGUGUGCUGCCUGCUUCCUGUGUUUCUCAAUAAAGGUUCUGUCUGUUUAAA